AUGACAUCCACCGAAAUUAACAUCCAUUUAUAUUGUAACUUUAUAAUAUAUAAUAUUGCCGCCUUAUCGAUACUUGGAUUCGCUGCUCCACUCUACGCAAAAUUCAAUAAUGGAACGGUAUAUGGGUACAUUCCAGGCGAAAUAUUCGCUCAGCAUGAACUUAAAGACCCGAAUAAAUCUGCAUUAGUCGCUAAGCAUUUGGCUAAACUCCAUAGAGCCAAUAUUGCUGCUGAACCGAAGAAACCAAUUUGUUUGACAGUAUUCGAGUUACCUGAAAAAUACACGAACCCUAAAACUAACGAGAAAUUCGUUAACAAUAUGAAUUUAAAGAAAUUGAAGGAAGAGAUGUGCUUCCUCGAAGAACAACUCGUAAAAAACAAUAAUCCAGUGCAUUUAAGUAUGGCAGAUAUAAUUAUCGUGGAUUUGAUAUUGAAAAUUAUUUUAAUACCUUCGCCGGGUGGCAAUACCAAAGUUACCGAUGCAGAAGUAGAAGAGUUGUAUCGAGAAGUAGCGAAAUUCGCACUUGUCUCUCUUUUCUACUAUAGUGUAUGGACAUUGCUUUCCUCUGAAAUUUCUGACAUCAAGUAUGAUUUCAUGGAAUACGCCUACGAGCGUUGA